CCCCCACCUGUGUCAUACCGGCUGGACGCAUUCUCACUCCGGGCGCUGCGUUAAGUGCACUGGGGUUGGAGAACGAAGUCCGACUCCGAUUUCCAGGGCGAACGGUUUCUGCCACGAGGGAGAGGCUGCGGUAAACCUUUCGUCGGGAAGCACAGAGAGCCGUAAGAGACCGAGGGGGUAUUAACACCAGUUCUGGGAUGUCUGAGAUCCCGGAUCCACGACUUGCCAGCUCUCUGAUUUGGGCGGGUAGCUAAACUCCUCAGUGCCAUUUCUUCGUUUGCAAAUGAUGGCAACACUUGCUAGUAGGAUUGUUGGGAGGAGGAAAUAAGAUAAUCUGUGUAAAGCAAUUAGCAUGUUGGCAUCGAGUAAAUGUGUUCGUGUUAGAUGUUUUUAUUAUUGAAAUUUGGGGGCUGAUGCAUCAGCGGUAACUUCUGGGAGGAGGCAGAGUUUUGAGGUAGCCUUAAAGGCCCCAGUGUCUUUUUACCAUUCUUAAAAAUUCAAGAAGCAAGACAGAGCCAUUUCUUCAUUCAGCGCUUUUCUGUUGGGAUUCUCGGAGUAUCAGGUUUUCAGGGAUGAGAAUGAUGUCGUCUACUCUGCUGAAGGCCUGAGCUUAGUGACCCUCCCGUCACCAUGAGUGUCACGCCAGAGACUAAGAGUCGUGGGAUGAAGUUUGCCGAGGAGCAGCUGCUGAAGCAUGGAUGGACCCAAGGCAAAGGUCUGGGCCGGAAGGAGAAUGGCAUCACCCAGGCCCUCAGGGUGACGCUGAAGCAGGACACUCAUGGGGUGGGACAUGACCCUGCCAAGGAGUUCACGGACCACUGGUGGAAUGAGCUCUUCAACAAGACUGCAGCCGGCUUGGUUGUGGAGACUGGGCAGGAUGGAGUCCGGAUAAGGCAUCUUUCUAAGGAGACUACCCGUCGUAAUCGUCCCAAGCCCAACUUGCUGUAUCAGAAGUUUGUAAAGACGGCCACGUUGACGUCAGGUGGUGAACAGCCAGACAAAGACGUGGAGAGCCACAGUGAUGAUGACAGCCAGGGGUCCAAGCCUCCAAAGAUUCUGACCGAUGAGAUGCUGCUCCAAGCCUGUGAGGGGCGAACAGCACACAAGGCUGCUCGUCUUGGGAUCACGAUGAAGGCUAAGCUCGCUCGGUUGGAGGCCCAAGAACAGGCCUUCCUGGCUCAUCUCAAAGGCCAGGACCCCGGAACCUCUCAACUACAGUCUGAGAGCAAGCCCCGCAAAAAGAAGAAAAAGAAAAGAAAGCAGGAAGGGGAGGAAGAGGCUACGGCAACUGAUGGGGAUGCAGAAGAGGAGUGCCCAGAGGACCCAGGCCAGAGCACCAGGAGAAGGCAGAAGAAGAAAAGGCAACAGCGAGAAAAGGCGGUUGCGGAUGAGACAGGGGGCACAGCUGUCGGGGACGGGGAGGCCACAGGAACAAGUGAGCUGGGAGAGUGGAAGAACGGGGAGCAAACGGAUGAGCCCUUCGGGAAAAGGAAGAAGCGGCGGCACCGAGCAGAGAAGGUGGGGGUGUCGGGUGGAACAGGAGGCAUUGGGCCGCAGCAGGCGGAGAGCGGGGCGCACGCGGAGCCGGGCAGCAGACGCGAGCAGAAGCGGCGGCAGCAAGACUUGGGCGCAGAAGCCACGGCCCGGGCUGCCGAAGACAGCGGGGCCCAGGAGGCAGCAGGCAGAAGGCACGGUGACGGGAAAAGCAGGAGAAGCAAGAAGAAAAGGCAGCGGCCCCAGGAGGAGGAGGAUGUGAGGGAGGGGGAGGGGGCAGAGCUGGAUGGAGUCCGCCCUGAUGGGAGAACAAGGAAGGAGAAACCGAAGAAAGACUGAAGGGCAGGUCAAGGCGGGGCUCUACAGAUUCCUUUUCAGGACUUGAAGUCUGAGACCCCAGUGGACGAGGGCUCCUGCACCCUCCCCGUGAGGAGUCCCUCCCGAGGAGGAAGCCGAGUGCCGGAGCGCCAGCUGCUCACAGGACGGUGUGGGCACGCGCUGGGGGCCGUGGGGACAGGAAGGCAGAGGCCCUCUGGAGGGGCACCCUUGCUGAAGGCAGAUGCGAGUGUGGGCAGAAUGGACUCCAGCCCAUAGCCUGCCAGUGUCGGCACUAGAAAAAGUGGUUAGCUUGGGCUCCAGGCCAGGUCAAGUCCUGACUGGCCUCCCCCCCCCCCCCCCGCUAACAUCCUAAAUACAAAUUCGUUUCCUGGGA